AUUUCAUUUCAGGGAUUGUUUCGACUUACGAAGCUUUAUCAUCUGAGCCUGAGUGAUAACGAGAUAAAUUAUCUUCCACCAGAUAUUGCAAAUUUAAUUAAUUUAGAAGAACUGGAUGUUUCUAAAAAUGAUAUCACAGAAAUUCCUGAAAAUAUAAGGUUUUUAAAUAAUCUUAUUAUUGCAGACUUCAGCAGUAAUCCUUUAUCAAAAUUGCCUUCAAGUUUUCCUCAGUUAAAUAACUUGACGGUUUUGGGAUUGAAUGAUGUUUCUCUUUCAGAACUUCCACAUGACUUUGGAAGGUAUUGUAUUUUGUUAAUACUAUAAUGAGUUUAGUAAAGUUUCAGAAAAAAUUUCAUAUAGUAGACUAUACAUUUUUGACCUAAUUAAUUGCUGGAAAACCAUCAUUAAACAAGCUCUUAUAAAUCAAACUUUCCCUGAACUUAGUGUUAUAAAUUAAGAUCCUAUUCAUGGAAAUACAUUUUGAUAAAUAGCUUAAUGUGUAUUACAUUACAUAGUCGAAGUAUAGUAGAAUGUCAGUUAACUGUACCUAUUCAUGACAUGAUUCAGACGAUUCAGAUUAUUGAAAAUUCAAAUAAUUAGUUUAAGAAAAAAGCAUUCUUAUCCACAAAAAAUGCUAUUACAAAGUACUUUUUCAGUAAUAAAAGAUUAUUUCCAGCAGUUUUCUUUAACAAAUUA